AUGAAUUCAACCAAGACCACAACACCAAUCAAUUCAACUGAGACCACAACACCAAUCAAUUCAACAGAGACCACAACACCAAUCAAUUCAACUGAGACCACAACACCAAUCAAUUUAACAGAGACCACAACACCAAUCAAUUCAACAGAGACCACAUCACCAAUCAAUUCAACAGAGACUACAACACCAAUCAACUCAACAGAGACUACAACACCAAUCAAUUCAACUGAGACUGCAACACCAAUCAAUACAACUGAGACUACAACACCAAUCAAUUCAACAGAGACUACAACACCAAUCAACUCAACAGAGACUACAACACCAAUCAAUUCAACUGAGACUACAACACCAAUCAACUCAACAGAGACUACAACACCAAUCAACUCAACAGAGACUACAACACCAAUCAAUUCAACAGAGACUACAACACCAAUCAAUUCAACAGAGACUACAACACCAAUUAAUUCAACUGAGACUAAAACACCAAUCAAUUCAACAGAGACUACAACGCCAAUCAAUUCAACUGAGACUUCAAUACCAAUUAACUCAACAGAGACUACAACACCAAUCAAUUCAACAGAGACUACAACACCAAUUAAUUCAACUGAGACUACAACACCAAUUAAUUCAACAGAGACUACAACACCAAUCAAUUCAACAGAGACUACAACACCAAUCAACUCAACAGAGACUACAAUACCAAUCAAUUCAACAGAGACUGCAACACCAAUCAAUUCAACUGAGACCACAACACCAAUCAAUUCAACUGAGACCACAACACCAAUCAACUCAACAGAGACCACAACACCAAUCAAUUCAACUGAGACCACAACACCAAUCAAUUCAACAGAGACUACAACACCAAUCAACUCAACAGAGACUACAACACCAAUCAAUUCAACUGAGACUACAACACCAAUCAAUUCAACUGAGACUGCAACACCAAUCAAUACAACUGAGACUACAACACCAAUCAAUUCAACAGAGACUACAACACCAAUCAACUUAACAGAGACUACAACACCAAUCAACUCAACAGAGACUACAACACCAAUCAAUUCAACUGAGACCACAACACCAAUCAAUUCAACUGAAACCACAACACCAAUCAACUCAACAGAGACCACAACACCAAUCAAUUCAACUGAGACCACAACAUCAAUCAAUUCAACUGAGACCACAACACCAAUCAAAACAGAGACCACAACAACAAUCAAUUCAACAGAGACCACAACACCAAUGAAUUCAACUGAGACCACAGCACCAAUCAAUUCAACUGAGACCACAACACCAAUCAAUUCAACUGAGACCACAACACCAAUCAGUUCAACAGAGACCACAACACCAAUCAAUUCAACUGAGACCACAACACCAACAUCCUGAGAGACCAUGAAUUUUCUCUCUCUCUCUCUCUCUCUCUCUCUCUCUCUCUCUCUCUCUCUCUCUCUCUCUCUCUCUCUCUUAAAUGACUUGGGGUUUGAAUUUGCUUAUAUAUGCAUUAUAACUGAAUAUAUAUAAAUACAAAAUUUUGAUUAUAUAUGUUGCAAGUUCCUCUAUGCGUGCAUUAUUUUUUAUGCCAUAUUAAAUUUGAUAUUGCAUUAUAAAUGAAAGUGAUAGUUUACCUUACAAACACUUUGUCACGAACACAAACAAAAGAUUUUUAGAACUAAAGACACACACACACACACACACACACAUAUACACACACAUACACAUAUAUAUAUAUAUAUAUAUAUAUAUAUAUAUAUAUAUAUAUACAUUCAUUAAUGUAUUUGUUUAUAGGUGUUUCCUUCAACAAUUAUCAAAGAAACAUUAUCAUUACAUAAUCGUGUGUUUAUUGGGACUGUCUCUAGAAGAGUUGCCAACCAUAGAUGGGACACUGACAGGUGCUCCAAUCUGGGUCGAAGUGUAAAGUACUGAAACACUAGAGAAUAAAUAAUGGGUUUUACUCUGCUAGUGGCAAUAACAUAUGCCUUUAUAGGUGGGUUUAUUUGUUCAUUGGUUUAAUUAUAAAAAUCAUUUUGUUUGAAAUAAAUUCGAUUUGGACAUUU